AUCCAAUUUGUCACAAGUUAUGGCCAAUCAUGGUCCCAGCUAUGGGCUGAGUCGGGAACUACAGAAGAAGAACGACGCCCGUUUUGUAUUGGAGGAAGCAAUCGAAGUUCUAAAAUGGAUUGAGAAUGUAACAGGAGAGAGGUUCUCAUUUGAUGUGACCACUUGUGAAUCAUCAACUGACGUCAGUAAUCUACUCAAGGAUGGUGUGAUGCUAUGCAAGCUGAUUGAGAAACUAGAUCCCAGUUGUCGAGUCGUGUAUAAUAAGAAACCAAAAAUGGCAUUUCCAAUGAUGGAAAAUAUUUCAAAUUUCCUGGCAGCUGCCAAACAAUUUGGUGUUAUGGAAAUUAGCUGUUUCCAGACUGUGGAUUUGUAUGAGAACAAACAAUGCUAUAAGGUAAUCGAAUGUCUGCGUCUCCUCGCCGCCGUCGCUCAAUCCCGUUCUUCUCACUUGGAGCAUCCAGCGUGGGUGGUGAAGCUUGCCCAAUCAUCGCCACGUCAAUUCCCGGAAGCAGUGAUGAGAAGGGGUGAAAUGGUGAUCCCAUUGCAAUAUGGUACAAAUAAAUGUGCAUCACAGAAAGGAAUGUCACCAUAUGGGUUGCCACGCCAGAUUAAGCCAGAUCCACAUGGAUAAUAAAUUAACUUUGUUUUUUUUUUGAUUUUAAACGAUUCUAUGCAAUUUUUGUGAUUCUUCGUAUUUUUUUGGAUUUAAUAAUAAUUUUGAUGAAAUUUCAAA